AUGGCGCAAGCAGCUAAAAAGCUUUGGAAAAACGACAUUGUGAAGUUCAUCAUUCCACUCCAGUAUCAUCAACGAGGCUGGCCGACAGGAAAAGGAUCUGUGAUAGUAUUGAGCAAAGUCAAAAUUUACUAUGCAAAAUCUAGGAUAGAGCUCUUAUCUGACAUUCAUAGAUAUCAAGGGGAGAAAAUCCACUCGGAGAUAGAUUUUCUUAAAAAACUCAGAGAUAAAAUUGAAAAGGAAAAAGGUGCUGGACGCCAAAUGGAAAGAAUAGAAGCGGAUCUGGUUCAAAACUACUCGCCUUGUUCGGAAUGCGCAGAUGUCUUCGUCAAAUUUAAAGACUUUCGAAAACGCGAGGGCAUUAAAUUUUCUUUAAAAAUAGAGUUUGCGAAUUUUUACCGUCAUUGGGAGACGCCGUACAUAAACGGGUUAAAAAGGCUGUUGGAAAAUGGUGUAGCAUUGAAAUUACUUCACGGCGAAGAUGAUUGGCGAGCGUUCCUAAAUGAUAAGACCUUUGUGGAGUUAACCGAGCAUGAAAAAGCAAAAUUGCUUGACAGGGCAAAUUCAGAAGACAGAAAGAAAAACGAAAAGCAAGCCAUAAAAAUCUUUAACAACAUUAGACUUGGGAACGACAUUGCAGGACUUGGGAAUACGAGCCAGCCUUCAGGAA